GGGAAGUUGACGUCUCAGGGGAAGCUGCUGCAGCAGGAGACGUUCUGCGUGUGGGAACAGGACGGAGGCGUUUUGUCUCGCAGUAAAGAACGUCGCGUUUUCCUGUUCGAGCAGAUCAUCAUCUUCAGCGAGCUGCUGCGGAAAGGCUCCAAUAACCCGGGAUACCAGUUCAAGAACAGCAUCAAGGUGAGUUACCUGGCGAUGCAGGACAGCGUGGACGGGGAUCCCUGUAAGUUCGUGUUGUGGUCUCGCGGCUCGGCGGAGCGAUUCACGCUGCAGGCUUCCUCCGCCAGCAUCAAACUGACCUGGGUGGAAAACAUCGCCGCCCUGCUGGACGCUCAGAACAACUUCCUGUCAGCUCUUCAGUCGCCGAUCGAGUACCAGAGGAAGGAGGGGGGCAUAGCGGUGACCCGACCGCUGUCGUCAGGGCGACCGCCAUCGGCCCCGCCCACACCGAACGGCCACGCCCCCCAACCGCAGCACGACAACGAGCAGGACGACCAGGAGCUGGUCCAUGUCCUGCAGGACUUCGCAGCCGUGCGUGAGGACGAGAUCUCCGUGUUUCGGGGGGAAAAGGUUCAGAUCCUGGCGUCGAACCAGCAGGGUCAGAGUCUGGUGUACCGGCCCGCCAACAGCGACUCGCCGGCCGCCGAGGGCUGGGUGCCACGCAGCGUGCUCAACACACACUGACACACACACACACACACACACACACACACACACACACACUGCAAGCCGACAGGGCCAAAAACACGACGGUAAAAUCUUUAAUUUCGAAUGAUUUUAAAACUAAAGGAGCAGUGACAUUAAGUGUUAUUUAAACAGCUGUUGAGGUACCUGGAUCAAAUCUGAGGCUGUGAUUGGCUGUUUUCUAACACGCUUUUUGACCCUGAUCGCUUGCACACACACACACACACACACACACACACACACAUACCUACACACACACACACACACACACCUACACACACACCUACACACACACACACACUCCCAGCAGCAGGUACUGUUAAUCUCCUCCCUCCUUCCUGGUGCUUCAACAUUCAGCCAAAAACACGCCUCCUCCUCCCUCGUCCCGCCUCCCGUCCUCAUCUCGUCCAAUCAGGUCGCUCUCCAGUUUACGGCUCAGUCCCAACCCCCCGAUGACAUCAUCACAAACUGUUUAACCUUUUUCGGGUCAGUCGGAGGGAGAACAAAUGACCACACACACCACGACAUCAUCAUCAUCAUCACAAGACUGGGAUUCCAGGAAGCUGCUGUUGCCUAGCAACAAGAGACAAUUAAAAUAAAUUAAGAAAAAGAAAAAGAAGAAAAAAAGUUUCCUGGAAGAGAAGAGGUGAAAACGACCCGUCUGACCAAUCAGAGCUCACCCUGUUAAUAGUGUGUAUAAACAGACUAAAGACACACACACAAACACACACACGCACAUGCACACACACACACACACACACACACACAUAUACAUAUGAACCACUGCUAUGACGAAGAUGAUGAUGAAGAUUACUAUGAUGAUUAUUAUAAUUAAGAAUAAUAGAAUCUGUUUUUCACCUCCAGUAGAGAAGAAGAAAAAAAAAUACGAGAGAAACUGUUUUUGUCAUAUUAAUGUGUGUGUGUGUGUGUGUGUGUGUGUGUGUGCGUGUGUGUGUGUGUGCGUGUGUGUGUGUGUGUGUGCGUGUGUGUGUGUAAGAGAGAGAGCGUACAUAUGUGAGUGAGUGUGAAUGUGAAUGUGUGUAGUAACGCCAUCCUGUAUAUGUGUGUGUGUGUGUGUAUGUGUGUGUGUGUGUGUGUUUUCCACUGACAGUUAGGUGGUGUCCCGGUGUAGCGUUGCCAUGACGAUUUGUUGUGUUUGCGGUGACACCCGUCUCUUUUUUGUUUUUUUUAUUUUUUCCUUUUGGGGUCUUUUAUAGCUAACCAGAGCUGCCACCUCUAAAAAAAAACCCAAACUCCUUAUACCCCCCCUCUUCCUCCCCUCCAUCCACCACGGUUACCAUAGCAACCGGCGGUGUGGAAGGGGCCUCCAGUGUGAGCAUGCUCUGGUUAGUUUUUGGAUAUUCUGAAUAUGCAUUUCUUGUUCUUGUAUAUAGACCAGACCUCUCAACUGCUACUCCACUAACACUGGACACUGUGUCUCUCUGUCCG